GACCCCGGAGUCUGCGGGCUUUGUUUAUACGGGCUUUCAUAAAGUUACUAAUGUAUAGUGAAAUUUGAUCACAUCUAAUCGGCUGUUUCCGACCAGGCAGCGCGCACAUGCGUAGGGAUACAAGCAGGAUGUGAUCGUGCAUAUUAUAGGAUUAAUCUAGCCCCACAGUUUUAUUUUAUUUACGUGGGCAAAUUGAAUACAGAGAAGGUUUUCCUCGACACCCCGACCAUUCUUUAAAGUGUGACAGUUUUCUGGACGUUACCAGGACACGAUAUGACCGGGUCAAACAAUGGAGGGGUGUGUUCCAAUAAAGGGGUAUACCUCAAGUUGACCGUUCUAUUUUUACUCAGUACUACUAUAUACGUUUACCUAUACUCCAGCAUCACCAUCCAGACGUUCGCUAUUGGCGAGGUGAUGAAGGGAACCAUCAGUGACAUACAGAGAUGGCGAGAUAAAAUGGAGGGCUGGGUGCAGAUGAUUGGAGGUAACGGUUAUAAAUAUGAUGCCAAGUCGGUCAAAAACACGUCAUUUCCGGACACCAGGCAUAAUGUCAGAAAACCGGAAGCGGAAGUUCGGAUAACAGGACAGAAUAAUGACAGUGCAUUAGGAGUGACAAAUAAGUCACGGUUAAUAUUUUUGCCGCAAAAGAAUAUCCGGAAUUCUAUUAGUGAUAAACCGGAAGUACUUCUGACAUUAUUCACUUCCUGGCCGACAAAAGCAGAAAAGUACAUGUGUCACAACAACACUAUACGAAACUGGCAACAGCUUAAACCUUUAAUCCAACCGAUUUUGUUUACUAACGAAGCCUUACUGACAGAGGAAGCAAAUGAGAAAGGAUGGACUGUACUUCCGGUUCGAAAAGCCGGAAGAGGGGUACCAAUUCUUAAGUAUAUGUAUAAAGAUGCCAUGGAACGAUAUAAUUCUACUUUCUAUGCGUUUUCUAACGGGGAUAUACUGUACAGUCAUUCCCUUAUAGAUACAUUAAAAGCCUUGCUAAAUUCUUCUCAGAUACCCAGAGACAAACCAAUCAUGGUCGUUGGUAGAAGAACAAAUGUACAGGAUGUGACGUCAGCGGAAGCAGUUUCCGGAAAAAGCGUUUACAAGACGGCGAAUAAACGAGGGAAAGUAUUUACUGUUUGGGCUGAAGAUUAUUUCAUAACGUCGGCUAAUUAUCCCUGGAAGGAUAUACCGGAAGUUGUUAUUGGCCGUAGAGCGUAUGAUAACUGGCUGGUAUCGAACGCGCGGAAACAAAAACACGUUACCGUGGAUGCCACAAACACACUUGUGGCCCUCCACCAAACGACAAAGGCGGGUAAUCAAGAGGGAUUCAAGGCCGACAACCCCGAAUACAAUCAUAAUCUCCUUAGGCGCAUGUAUCACCAAUUACAUUACGGCGCAGGUCUAACAUCAUGCGCAGAUUAUUACACAAAAUACCAUUCUAAUGGACGGAUCCAAAUUGUAAAACGGACAGUCCCGAAGUCAUGUUUCCCGGUAUAACACUGUUUAUAUAGUUCAUUUGAAGGAAUCAAAUUCGUCUGACUUUUCUCUGGACGUUAUUAAAACAAGGAGAUAUUCUCUGCUAUCCGUCGUCAGUGAAACUGGAUUACCUGUCUUGGUUCCAUUUCUCUCCGCUAGGUAGCGUGAGUUGUAUUUUCGAAGGGAAACAUGGCGGAGGGUAUAGCGAUAGAUAAUCCAGUCUAUUCGACCAGAUAAUCAAUCUUAAUGGGUAAAUUCAUUUCUCAUUGUGGUGUCUCUUUGAUUAUAUGUGCCUCUACUCUUCCCAUAGGCAUUGGUCGGACGCUUUUGAAGACAUGUUUCCGCUGAGUCCCAUCAAUAAUUUAGCAAAGAUCGGAAGUGCCCUUGAUUAAUCGAACAAUGCACAGGGACUAGGCACGAAUCCCAAUUUACUGGCUGUACAUAUAUACAUAUAUAUAUUAUUAAAACCGUGGGUUAGGAGUGUGUGUAAAGUCCCUGUGUUUCAAGUUAGAUUUUAUUAACCUGAUAAAAUAUCAUUAAUUCAAGACGUAAUCCUAUUGAUUGCCCAGGAACUACUUCGCAUAUAUAUGUUGGAUAUCUCAAUGGUAUAAAAAUGGUUAUUUGCAUAUCGAACAGAAAAUAAACAUGCAGUUUUAGUGGUAUAGUGACGUCAAUUUAAAAUGUUGGCCUUCAUCCUCUAUUGGGAUUUUUUUUAACCCUUUGGUUUGAAAACAAUCACAAUAUUCUCUAUAUGAGUUUCUAUCCUCUCUUAAGUUGAGACAGGACUAUUAGGCCUUUUAGGUUAGAGGGCAUUUAUUAAUUUGCGAUAUAUAUAUAAUAUAAACAAUUUCAGUUUCUGAAUCCUGAAUCAUACAUGUAACUUACAUACUGAAAUUGCGUCAUGACGUCAUAUUCAUUCUAUUGGGUAUUGCACGGGAAUUCCGUAUCUAUACUUUGUUGUAUUCCUUUUGUUUGUAUUAUAAAUCUUUGUUUAUAAAUAUAUUUAAAUAUUUUUAUAAUGUUUCAUAUCUUGAAAAUAUGACAAUCCUGAUUUACCUAGAAGUAUUAUUCUAGUAUCAAAAGCCGGAUGAGAAUUACUGUCUCAAAAUCGCUAUCCGGAUUAGUUAUCUCAUGUUCAAAAAAUGUGCUAAUGUAGGAAUUUAUCAUGUUUUUUUUUUUUUUUUUAAUGUUGUUAUUUUUUAUGUGGGACAGUUGAGAACUUCAGGGUAAUUUCGUUAUUUUUAAAAUCUCUGACAUCAUGGCAUUAAAGGCGACUGAGACUUUGGUGUAAUUGUGUACAUUUCUCUUUUUGAAAAAUGAUGUUGAGCAUUAUGUUAUAUGCCUCAAAGCAAGCACCAAAUGUUGACAUUUUUACCCAGAAUGCAUUUCGGUUUAUGUAAUGUUGAUAGACCACACAUUAUAAAUAUCAAGAGUUGUCGUUCCCUCUAGUUCAUGGUCUUCAAUCUCAUGCAGGUUCCAUACUAUACAUUCUAUGAGAUAGUGUACGAACUAAUCUCAACCGUAACAUCUCGGAAAUCAAAAGUUGAUUGACGAGGAUUGUCGGAAAUUGCCCCGAAAUGCUGCGAUUGGACCUUAACUAUCCAUGUACAGGGGGAAUAAUUCACUACCAAGUUAAGACCCUCCUCAGUUAGCUCCCUUGCGUACGCUUUAGGAGUGCAGCGCAGCCCUGGCGGAGAGAAGAGAACUAAGGGAAAGAAGCAGUGUAAUAUCACUCGGAACUCCUCGAAUGUAACUCCGCAAUAGCAUCAAUCGGAACACCUCGUCAUUUUCUCCUACGUUCGCAGACGGAGGCAAGGUGUUCCGAUUGCAAUAGCAUGUGUUAUGCAUAGACUGGAUUACCUGCCGUAGUUUUUCUACUCCCCGCUAGGCUUCGCUUCGAAAAUACAGUCUAGCGGAGAGAAAUGGUCCUAAGGCAGGUAAUCCAGUCUAUAGUGUGAUGCACAGUCGAGGAGUUCCGAUUGAGUCUAAUGUGGUGACAACUCUGCGAGAAUAAAUAAGGACCAUUAUUAUCUUAUUUAAUUUAAUGAAACAUUAUCUUUUAAAAGACUUUUUUUUAAUGAAAAUGUGAUUGAUAUAAAAUUGUACGAAUGUUGAAAAGGUUUAUAUAUCUUGUAAUAUCAUUCUCUGAGUUUCCUCGUGAAAAUUGAUUUUAAAAGUGGCUAAUGUCUUUGCCCGGCGGUUAUUUUGUCCAGCUGUUCACAAAAUGAUUAUUUUUGUAAUGAAUGAUUUAGGAUAUUAUGGAAAUGCAGUUUGUGUGUGAGGGAGGGUGGUUGGUUGGGCUUGUGUGUUAUAAGUGUGUUUACAAUCUGAAAACUAUUUGAAAUUUUAAUUUUUGAUCACGCUAGCUAUGAUAUAUUCGACUCAAGUAUUAGUAUAUGUUGACAAUUUUUUUAAUUCGGUAUAUGAGUUUGUUAUAGCAUGUUACAAUUUGUCAUUUUAACGAGUUAUGUCCCUUUGAACUAAUAGUCUUAUAGCAGAAAAAACGUGUACAUGACUUAUGUGUAAAGCAUUUAUUUUACACAUACUGUUUGUCACGGUGAUUCUCAAAUUACUUUUGAAAUUAAUGAUUAUAAACCAUUUCCAUCUAUAUAAUUUUAAAAGAAGAAAGAAAACAAGCAUAUUUUUACCGAAGCGGCCUCAUUUAUAUUUUAUGAUAAAGUGUAAUGCAAGUUUUGUUCAAGGUCAAGCUAGUCAUUUGUUUUAUAUAUAGUUAUUAUGUUGUUGUCAUAUGACUAAAUCAAAACAUACUAGUAUUAUGUGUGUAGUAUUACAUCAGUUUUGUCUGCGAACGCAAUAUAAAGAUGUAUAAUUAAUCGUGCGGGCUUUUUUCCAUUUUAUUUUUAUUAUCAUUUUUUAUUGCAUUUUGAAGAUAAUAUAGACAUAUUUAAACAUCUUAUUGAUCACAAAAAGAUUCUGGUUUAUUUUUUAUUUUCAAUAUACAUAACGUUGUAUAUGAUGAGAGGAAUUCGUGUGUGCCAUUGUCGGCAUUGAGCUAAGGAAUGGUGACUCAUUACAUUUUUACCAGUGAAAUCUCGAAAAUUAUUCAUUCUACAAAAGGAACAUUUUUCACUUGUGAAAAAACAUAUCCUUUUUAUAUAUAUAUUUUUUUUUCACUAUUGAAAAUUAAUUUUAUAAUUCACUAAUGAAAAAUAUCCCUUUUUCUGAUUUGACCAAUCAAAGCACUGCUUACAAAUGACAUUGUGAGACCUUUAGAGCUGUCACAUUAGAUUUUUCUAUAAAAUGUAAUAAAAAACAGAAUAUCCAACAGUGUCUUCAGUAAUACAAAAUGUAUUACUCUCGUGUGGCUAAUAUUUUGAUGAAAUAUAUAAAUAUUAGCCCAACUCGUAAAAUAUAUUUGGUAUUGCUGAAGACACGGUUAGAUAUCAAUAUAUUCCAUGCUUGUCUUGUCAUUUUUACUGUUCAAACGUGAGAAACAGGAUUUUGUCAGUUUAUUUAUUGAAAUUAAGAGAGAAAAAAUAAAUAUUUCCUUAAUUUGUA